AUGGCUUCCAGUGGAGGUGUAAUCUUUGAGAAUUACCUUUACAAGUUGACGGGAGGUAAGGGGAAGUCAUUCUUCAGCAAGUCCAAUCCUUGGAAGCAGCGCUACUUUAUACUGCGGAGUAAUGGAAACAGACCUGUGCUUGAGUACCAUAGCAAAAAACCCAAAAACAAGAAUGCAUCACCAAACGAUAAAGUCCAUUUGUCGGGAGGUUUCCGUUUGGAGAAAGUCACAAACACACGUAAUAGGGCUUAUGUGUUUGAGCUCACCACUGCUGAGAAAUACCUGUGUCUGUCUGCUGAUGAACAGAGACACAUGGACAUGUUCGUCUUCAUGCUUCAGACACAGAUCAUUCUUCGGGAACAAAUUAAAGAGGAUUUUGUUUUUGUAAAAGCAGAAAAUUCAGAGGCUCAACGAAGAAUUGGAACAAAGGGAGCUAACUGUAUGCUGCAUGUAUCGCCAUGGGGUGCCACUCUAGCUUUGCUGUCCAGUAGGUCAGUACUUGCCCAGUGGCCAUUGAAGAGUAUGCGAUACUUUGAGGCGUCAGGCCAGGGCAGCUUCCUGCUAGAGGCUGGUCGUGUGGCUCCGAUGGGGGAUGGUAUAUAUGUUUUUCAAACCGCACCUGGUGACGACAGCAAACUCUAUGACCUCUUGGACCAACACAUUGUUGAUGCUCUAGGAAAGAUACAUCCAGGGCGCCGGGGAACAACAGAGGAAGUUGAGGAUUAUGUUGAAGAGGCUGAAAAGUUGUCUGCCCUUACAUCUGUCUCUCUCAUGACCCUUGAAAAUCCAGAUAUAACCAAAAUACUCAAAGACAAUUGGAAUUAUGAUGUGGUAGGGAAUGUUCCCAGAUCUACACCAAUAGUCCAUACUCGCCAAAACAGCCAAGCAUCCAGUACAGAUGGAAAUGAAGUCCCUCCACCAUUACCCAGAAGGAUGAUUUCAGAAAACCGUUCCAAAAGUUCGCCACAGAUUCUGAGGAACAACAGUCAAGGGUCUGUUGGGGUAUCAAGUGUAAACAAGGGAAGUAACCCUCUGGCUGAUCGUCCACCUCUCCCUCCUCCAGCCAAGGGUAACACCAAACCAAUAGGAAUUCCACGCAACAGUAAUGAGGGAGCUCUACUCAGUGAUGAUCAUUAUUUCAGGAUGAAUUCAACUUCCAGUGCUGGGAGCAACUUCCAGUCCCCAAGUGUUCGACAAGCCCCUGAUGCCUGGUCCCCUCCCCCGUCAUUUUUUGAGGCCACAGGGGGAAGAUUCAGUGACUCAGGGCCAAGUAUUGACGAAUACCUAACCCCAAGGGCCAGUACUGAAAUGGAGGGAGGCAAUGGUGUUAUAGAUUACAUUCUUCCAUCCCCCACAGAUGCAAAUUUCAGUAGUUUGCCACGUCAGAGUAGUCACAACAACAAAAGGUCAUCUCAAGGUCGUUGUAGAUCUUCAAAUUCAAGGAUGAAUAGAUUACGAUCUGUCAGCUGUGAAAAUGUGAAUGAUGAAUCAAAAAGGUUGUCAACAAGGAGAAAUACAGAUGUCAAUCAAAAUGUUCCGGAUUAUGACUUAGCAAAACCUAUUAAUCCAUUUCAAAAUCUGCAAGACUUUCAUGGCAGUAUAGAGCUUUUGACAGAAAGUCCUCAUUAUUACAAUAGGAAAUCCACAGAAAACUAUUACAACAUUCAGGGCUUACGUGGAGAAAUCGAUGAAAGUAGCAUCAGGCCAGUAGCAGAGAUACGAAGACGUUUCAAUGAAACUUGUAGAGACACUCUUGUUCGCUCAGUAUCAAAUCCCAACUUCCUACAUCUGCAGAGCAAAGAUAAACUGAGUGAUGUCCGUGCAAGUGCUAUUAAAUCUGGAACUCUGGAGCUUCAAUCAACUCUGAAAUCACAAAGUAAACAGAAAAGUAAAUCUCUACUGAAUCUCUUUAGACACAAAGGUGGACGACAGAAUAGUAAGUCUGAUACAUGGAGCAUGUAUACACCUCGGAGCAUGCCCAGUAGUCCCACAGGCACACUCACGCGUCAGGGAAGUAACCCAAACAUCCAUAUCAAUAUGAAAGACAUCAAGGUUGUAAGCAGGACAAGGUCCUUUAGGAGACCUAAACCCAAAGAAGGUGUUGAAACGUCACCACAGGUGCCUAGGAAGUCCCCAUUGAUACCCCAUAGGUCCCCUAAGGUACCUCACAAAUCACCCCAAGUACAACGCACAGAGAGGUCAUCACCCGUUAUACAAAGAUCACCAGCAGUUGCUAAAAAAUCACCACAGGUUCCUCCAAAGACACUCAGUGGUGUAAUGUCUUCACCAGUGUCUGUCCACAAUCGUGGCUAUUAUUCACCACCAGAGGGCAGUGUAGUUCGUCACACUCGUGAAGGAAGUGGUUCAAGUUCAGGGAGCAGUGCCAUCCAUCAUGCUCGAACAGGAAGUAGUUCAUCCGGCGGGUAUGUCAGGCACAGCAGUGAAGGAAGUGGAAGCCAACUAAAGAAUUUCUCUCGACAAUCAUCAACUUCUUCUGUCAAUAGUAAUAAAGUGGAAACCAUUUGUUAGUGAAAAAAGGAAAUUAUAUGUAUAUGUAUUAAGUUUUGCUGGUAAGGGUUAAUUGAAAACAAUUGAAAUAAUUGCUACGAUGAUACGGUAUACACAGAUUUUUUUCUAACAAGCCUUUCAUAAUGUGACUCUUACAUUGCAAAAAAACUUUAAUUGAACUUCACAAGGAUUCAUAUUAUUUCAUCCUUCUAACAAGAAUCAUAAUCGUCACUCCUGUAUGACCUACAUACAGUAGUUGUGUAUAACUGUCUUGUUACACUCGCCCAAAAAUGAAAAGGGCCCAGUAUAAUAUCACUUGUGUGUCUCAAUCAUUUCCAUGUGGAUUCAUGACAUGUUGUUUUCUAGUGAGAUACGUACACUCACUCCAAAAUCUAACAUGUCAUGACAGGAUAUGUGUGAACAUGUUUACAAGAACAAAUCUGCCAUACAUUAAUGUUGUAUGGUUUUCUAUUGUAGCCAAGAUCAAUUUUCAUUUAUGUAUGAAGGUACAUGUAAUAUUAGCUUCAGGGAAUAUGUUAUAGAUUCCUGGAACCGCAGGGUUACUAUUUUUUAUAUCCUCCUUCUUUUUCCUUUUACCUAGGAUGGAGGCAUUUUUGAAAAAGCAUAAUUUCAUAUAUUCAUUCUCUGUAAAUAUGAAAUAUAUAAAUCAAUUUCCUAGCAAUUCCUAUAGUACUCAUAAAUGCUACUAUAUUUGAUAUUGUAUAUGUUAUUUUUAUAAGUAGUUUCAUGAAUCUUACCGACAGUGAUUUCUGUCAUGUAAUCGGCUUUAAUAAGAACUAAUUAUGACACUAUAAUUAGGUAUCUUGUAAUUAAUUUUAGUGCCAGUGCACAAUUUGCUGAUCUUAAAGAGGGCUACCAAGCUAUCCUUGUAUUCUAAUCAUCAUAUAUCUUGCCUUGACAUAUAUACUGUUACUGAUGAAAUGAAUGUUAUAAAUAUGCAAACAAUUGUCUAAUUGUAAAUUUUACAUGUGCCAAUUUCAAAUGAAUUAAUGUUACUGAUGAUUUGUUUUUUUAAAUAACAGAUUAUAAAACGGCUCUAAGCUGUGUUAUAAGCCUUGUUUAAAAUAUGUUGAUAUUGCAUUGAACAUCGGGUAUACAUAGCUAUCAUUCUCCAUGUUCUUUCUUUAUAUAAUAUUCAUAUAUUCAAUACAUUACAUAUAUAAUGUAGAUAUGAUGUGCAAUGUACUUUAUAGCAGAUCAUUUUUGCAGGAAUCCAUUUUGAUGAUUUGGGACUUUUAAAUUUUUAUUUUUAUUUCAAUAGCUGAAUAAUAUCAGCAGAAACCUUUAUUUUCUGCGGGUUUAAAGAUUUAACGAUGGGCUUCUCAAUGCAGAGCAUCAAAGUGAGUUAUGGUCACUGUUUAAAAACAUUAUUGUGUGUGAUAUUUCAUGAAAAUUGCAAAAUUUUAUUACCUCAAUUUUUAGGAUAAAGUGACAAAAAUGCUUGGCUGCAACAAGUUCUCUUCAUGGUUGUAAAUGUGUCCAAAUUAUUACAUGUAUAUACCAUUAACCUAUGUGGCUUGAUGUGAGUUUCUAAUCCUUUAUUAUAUCACCCAAAAUCUCCACAAACACCCAUUUGUGUUGUUUUUUUUAUCUCAAUAAAAAUAAAUAAAAAACCUGAAAAGCAAUUAUUUGAUGAUCAGUUCAAAUAAAGAAUUUCUAAAACUAUAAUGCAUGAUGAAAUUUACAAAAGUUGGUUUUAUGUGAUAAACAUUUGUUAAGAUUUUUGGUAGAUAACACUUGUGUAAUGCUUAAUAUUAAUAUAUGACGUUCCAAUUAAUAAGUUUGUUAUUAUAUCCUGUAACAUCUCUCCACCCUCGGUUGUUAAGGAUAUUAAAUUAUGUCACCCCACCCUAAGCUACAUGUACUCUUAGUUUGUUAUAUAUAAUAUACAUAUUUUCAUCCAAUUCAUUGACCUAUUAUCAUCAUAAAUGUGUAUACCUUGUGGUUACAUACCCUUACUAAAUUUAUUCACUGCCAAUAAAUCCCAUAACAAAGCACGCUUCAAUUUUCAUUUACACUGUUAUCCACAAUUGUAAUAUUUAUAUUUGUGAUGUUCAUUUUUGAUUGCUUUAUUAAAGGUAAAUUAUGUUAUAAGAAGUUCUUGAAUAUGUUGUACAUUGUAACAAGUUAAUUUUUGAACAACAAUGAUAUUUUUCCAAUGAAAAGUUUAAAAUGUGAAUAAAAAUACACAUCACCCUGAUCACAUGGUUUGCCCCUGAUCACAUGAUUCGACCCUAACCACAUGGUUUGUCUCUGAUCACAUGGUUUGCCUCUGAUCACAUGGUUUGCCCCUGAUCACAUUGACCCUGUCGUACACUGCUGCAACCCCCUCCCUUAAGGGCAUACUUUUAUCACAUGGUUUGCCUUUGAUCACAUGGUUUGACUCUGAUCACAUGGUUUGCCUUUGAUCACAUGGUUUGCCUCUGAUCACAUGGUUUGUCUUUGAUCACAUGGUUUGCCUCUGAUCACAUGGUUUACCUUUGAUCACAUGGUUUGCCUCUGAUCACAUGGUUUGCCUCUGAUCACAUGGUUUGCCCCUGAUCACAUUGACCAUGUCGUACACUGCUGCAACCCCCUCCCUUAAGGACAUACUUUUAUCACAUGUCUGUUGUGUGAUUUUCCUGAGAAGGAUUUAGGCUGUAUAAGUCUGGAAGUCUGCCUACUGUUAUUCCAGUCUUUCGGAUAAAAUAAUACUGUGUUCUCAAGAAAUUAUUAUCCUUCCUUCUUCUGGAACUGGAAUUUAUGGCUUCAAUACAGAUAUCUUGGUCCUGUAAUUUGAUAUCCCCAGGUAGUGUAAUUCAGGGACCUAUAUGGAUAAUGUAAUUCAGGGUUCUUUGUAUAUAUACUGGAGUAUUGUAAAUGAGUGUUUUCAAGGUACUGUACUUUAGGGCCCUAUGGGUACUGUAAUUCCGUAAUUUCUAGAUUUUGGUUUUGUUUGCUUGGGGUUAAAUGCCCUCAUAACAGUCAGGCUCAUAUGAGUAUGGUUCCAGGUUCUUGUAUUCAUAGCUCCUCCAUUUGUAUGGCCAGAUACUGUAAUGUAUCUUCGAUAUUCUUAUCCAGCCACUAUUAUACAGGGCUCAACUAACAGUUACUGCAAUUCAGGACUCCGUUUGCAUACUUUAAUUUAGGGCACUCCUGUAUGUAUCUAAUAUGUACAGGUAUUGUAAUUCAUGAGUAUCCUGUAUAUAUUUUUUCUGGGUACUAAAAUUCAUGGUUCUCUUUAACUAUAUCUUGGUUCUGUAAUUUAAGUGACUGUUUGGUAGUUUUUAAUAGGUUGCAUGAUUUACGAGGUUUGAAUAUACAAGUGAAAUACUUGUGUAUAGCGUUAUUCUUUGUUUUGUAGUACCCGAUGUUUCACAUAACAUUGGAUUAUAGCUGUUGACUCACACCAUACUAUACUAAUACACCCUACUAACACUAUACAUAUAACCAUUAAUACAGCUAUUUUUUUAACGAACUUAAAUAACUUUUUACACUCAGAUGUCAUAAUGUUUUUACAACAUCUGCUUUGUAUUUAGCUGAGAAAAGUUGUUUAUUAUAAAUAAUUUGAGAUAUUGUUACAGUUUGAUUGUGGUUGAUUGUUCGUAUGUUUGCUAUAUAGUUUAUUGGAAGUCAUAUAGGUAUUUUGUGGUUUUUAUGUAUACAAAAAUAUUGUUGUAAAUUUGUGUUGUUAUGUGAAGACACGUGUGCACACAUAGUACAUCAUUUCCCUUUUACACACAUGACAUACUUGGUUGAUUGUACAAACCUAUAGUAUGAUAAAAUAUAUGCCUGUAUGUAUUAUACUGUACUUAAACAUUCAUCUGUAUAAUAUGGUAAACAAAUUACUGUACAUGUCUGUGUGCAGUAUACCUACACAUGUCUGUGUGCAGUAUACCUACACAUGUCUGUGUGCAGUAUACCUACACAUGUCUGUGUGCAGUAUACCUACACAUGGCUGUGUGCAGUAUACCUACACAUGGCUGUCUGUCAGGCCUCACAUUAUUGAUUGUCUUGUGUCCAAACAGCGACACCUUUAGAUGUUUGUUGACACAUAAAUUAUGAUGAUCAUUUUUUGCGAGACCAUUUUGCCCCAUUAUGUGAAAUAUACAGAAUUCAAUACAAUGUGAUCCUGAUAUUCCAACACACACACUUGGGUAUAAAGACUAUAUGUGUCUUCAUUAUGUAUGUAUUAUACAGGCUGUUAAUUAUUCUUUGUCAAUAAGACAUAAAUCACAAUUUUGUUCAGGGCAGUUGAUAAUGAACUGUUUUAACUAUUUACCAUAUUUUCUUGCUCUCACCGACUCCAAGUCUUCAUUUCACAUUAGCUAACAACUAGAUCAGUUUCCUCUCCUCAAACUUGUGUUUUGUAAAGACUUCUGAUUACUGUGUAAUGUUAAGUUCAUGUUCCAAAAAAAGGACUCCUACACAUUGCUAUGAGAUAUCAAUUUAUAUUUAAAUCUCUGAGUUACACUUCCCAGCAGCAAUUAUUGAUACUUUUGUAAUAAAAAAAUACAUUUCGAAAAAUUUAAUGAAAAUAUUAUGCGUCUUAAUCAUACUUGUGUGUAAAUGAUCCGUAAAUCCAAAAUGGGCAGAACAGGGAUUCAACAUUUUGUCAGAAUUUAAGUCUUUCAAUUUAAAGGAUUAAUGCAGGUGUUGUAGAUCUUUUCCAAAGCUCACUAUAUAGCUAUAUAGCUACAAGCCACAUAUAAGAUGACAUACCUAUAUCUUUAAAGCAUGGAUAACUGGUAUUACUGACAUGAUAUAUGAAACCGGUCUUAAACGUCACAUAUAAGAAUUAAAAACAUGUUGAAAAAUAUUGAAGAUUGCAUUGCAUUAAGUUUUUUUUGUUACUACUCACAGGUUAAGAAGAGUUGUUAUAUUUUAUCUGUCCAUUGAGGUUGACAUUUUCUGUUGGCUACAGUUAGCUACUGUACAGACGUAAGUUACCGUAUACAAGUGUGGCAAGCUUUGUUGAAGAUUGUUGUACCGGUACCCCAUAGUUAGCUACUGUACAGACGUAAGUUACCGUAUACAAGAGUGGCAAGCUUUGUUGAAGAUUUGUGUACCGGUACCCCAUAGUUAGCUACUAUACAGACGUAAGUUACCGUAUACAAGUGUGACAAGCUUUGUUGAAGAUUGUUGUACCGGUACCCCAUAGUUAGCUACUGUACAGAUGUAAGUUACCGUAUACAAGAGUGGCAAGCUUUGUUGAAGAUUGUUAUAACAGUACCCCAUAGUUAGCUACUAUACAGACGUAAGUUACAAGUGUGGCAAGCUUUGUUGAUGAUUGUUAUAACGGUACCCCAUAGUUAGCUACUGUACAGACGUAAGUUACCGUACAAGAGUGGCAAGCUUUGUUGAUGAUUGUUGUAACGGUACCCCAUAGUUGGCUACUGUACAGGCGUAAGUUACCGUAUACAAGAGUGGCAAGCUUUGUUGAUGAUUGUUAUAACAGUACCCCAUAGUAAGCUACUGUACAGACGUAAGUUACCGUAUACAAGAGUGGCAAGCUUUGUUGAUGAUUGUUGUAACGGUACCCCAUAGUUGGCUACUGUACAGACGUAAGUUACCGUAUACAAGAGUGGCAAGCUUUGUUGAAGAUUGUUAUAACGGUACCCCAUAGUUGGCUACUGUACAGACGUAAGUUACCGUAUACAAGAGUGGCAAGCUUUGUUGAAGAUUGUUAUAACGGUACCCCAUAGUUGGCUACUGUACAGACGUAAGUUACCGUAUACAAGUGUGGCAAGCUUUGUUGAAGAUUGUUAUAACGGUACCCCAUAGUUAGCUACUGUACAUACGUAAGUUACAAGUGUGGCAAGCUUUGUUGAUGAUUGUUAUAACAGUACCCCAUGGUUAGCUACUAUACAGACGUAAGUUACAAGUGUGCCAAGCUUUGUUGAUGAUUGUUAUAACGGCACCCCAUAGU